AGCUUGUCCUUGCCUCGAGGAUUAAGAUGCAAACCAUGGACAGUAUGUUCGCUCCUCAAUAUUGAAGAGACAUCAGUCGCAUCAAUGUGGGCCGCUCCGACCUCCACAAGCGAACGCUCAAGCCAAAGAUUAAUCUCCCUUACACACCUGUUAAUCCAGAACUAUACAAAUGUAGAGAAAUAUGUGCUGGGCCCAUGCGAUGAAAUGUACCAAAUAUCUGAUGAUGUUAAUCAGGCCAAGAAUAUGAAGGCUGAGGAUGUCUCUGAUGCAGAAGAGGAAGAGGAUCCUGUGCCAAUGCCAGUUAUGAAAAUAAAGGCUGAAACUCAGAGUACUCUGAAUGAACUUCAACCUGUACAUGGUGAGGAGCAGGAAUAUUCUUGUAAUGAGUAUGGUGAGUUGUUCAGUCAACACUUUAAUUUGAGGACACAUCAAGGCAUACAUAGUGGGGAGCGACCAUUCUGCUGUGAUGUAUGUAAUAAGUCUUCCAGUGAUCAGGGUUAUCUGAGGAAGCAUGAGCAAAUACAUAGUGGGGAGCAACUAUUCUGCUGUGUUGUGUGUAAUAGGUCAUUCCGUCAGAAGAGUGAUCUGAAGAAACAUAAGUUAAUACAUAGUGGAGAGCGACCAUUCUGCUGUGAUGUGUGUAAUAAGUCAUUCAUUCGGCAGUAUCAUCUGAAGACACAUAAGAAUAAACAUAGUGCGAGUGCAGAGCAACCAUUCUGCUGUGACGUUUGUAAGAAGUCAUUCAGUGCUCAGGAUAAUCUGAAGAAGCAUCAACGCAUACAUAAUGGGGAGCGGCCAUUCUGCUGUGAUGUGUGUGAUAAGUCAUUUCAUCGGAAAUGUGAUCUGAAGAAACAUAAGUUGAUACACAGUGGGGAGCGGCCAUUCUGCUGUGAUGUAUGUAAUAAGUCUUUCAGUGAUCAGGGUUACCUGAGGAAGCAUGAGCGCAUACAUAGUGGGGAGCGACUAUUCUGCUGUGAUGUGUGUAAUAAGUCAUUCCGUCAGAAGAGUGAUCUGAAGAGACAUAAGGUAAUACACAGUGGGGAGCGACCAUUCUGCUGUGAUGUGUGUAAUAAGUCUUUCAAUGAUCAGGGUUAUCUGAGGAAGCAUGAGCGCAUACAUAGUGGGGAGCAACAAUUCUGCUGUGAUGUAUGUAAUAAGUCUUUCAGUGAUCAGGGUUAUCUGAGGAAGCAUGAGCGCAUACAUAGUGGGGAGCAACAAUUCUGCUGUGAUGUAUGUAAUAAGUCUUUCAGUGAUCAGGGUUACCUGAGGAAGCAUGAGCGCAUACAUAGUGGGGAGCGACUAUUCUGCUGUGAUGUGUGUAAUAAGUCAUUCCGUCAGAAGAGUGAUCUGAAGAGACAUAAGGUAAUACACAGUGGGGAGCGACCAUUCUGCUGUGAUGUGUGUAAUAAGUCUUUCAAUGAUCAGGGUUACCUGAGGAAGCAUGAGCGCAUACAUAGUGGGGAGCGACUAUUCUGCUGUGAUGUGUGUAAUAAGUCAUUCCGUCAGAAGAGUGAUCUGAAGAGACAUAAGGUAAUACAUAGUGGGGAGCGACCAUUCUGCUGUGAUGUGUGUAAUAAGUCAUUCAUUCGGCAGUAUCAUCUGAAGACACAUAAGAAUAAACAUAGUGCGAGUGCAGAGCAACCAUUCUGCUGUGACGUUUGUAAGAAGUCAUUCAGCCAUCACAGUCGUCUGAAGACACAUCAAUGCAAACAUAGUGGGUAGCAGCCAUAUUGUGUUGUGUGUAAUAAGUAAUUCAGGGGAAGCACAGUAGAUCACUGUGGUCACGGUGCAAGGGCCAAUUGGUCCCACCCCUUGUACAUUCAUUCAUUCAGUAAGUCAGUCAGUGAUGAGCGUCAUCUGAUCACAUAAGCGUUCACAUAAUUUAGAGCAGACAUAUUGCUGUGAAGUGUGUAAUAUGACAUUCCAUUAUCACAGUCAUUUGAAGACAUAUCAGCUCACACAUGGGGAUGUACGUAGUAAACCUUGGAGCAGUAGAAUUGCAUUUGGACUAAAGGAGCAAUGUGUGACUUGUGGAAGGCCACAGUGUUGCUUGCCACAAGUCACACAUGCUGCAUAUCUGAGGAAUGCUACAAAAUAUUGGAGUUACUUUCUGUUGUAAUCCUUUCUGACUGACGCAGGAAAUGAACUGAGGCCCAUGGUCCAUGAGGUCAGUUCAUAUCUGUAUUUCUUUUUAACACUGCUGAAUGUGUACAGGACCCUGUCUAUGUAGAGUGAACAGACAUAGCAUGAUAUUAAUUUCUCAUACAUUUACAUUUACUUGAAGUGUGGAAGCUAGUGAUUAGUAGAGCAUACUUGUUUAAACUGAUUAAUGGAAUAUAAACAUAAUUCUGCUACAUCAUUUGUCAUGAUGUAUAUUUUUUGUGCUCUUUCUCUUUCUACUGUGGGUGAAUGUGUUGUUGAAUUGUGAAUUGUGUUAUGAAUUGAUAUGUGUAUAUGCUUAUCAAGAGUCUUCUUGAGCCUGGCAUCGAAGUGCAAGCAACAAUAAGACAAGUAAAUAAGAGCUUGUGACUAUGAGAAGAGUAGCUGUUUGAAAGACCGCCCCAGGUUGGUCACUCUGCCUACACAUUAGGACAGCGAGAUCUUCAACUAGCUUAAUUGUGAAUAUUUAAGUGAAUUAUAAUUAGUACUGUACUAUAUAUUCCUUCCAGCUGCACUAUGGCCCUGGGGUCAACUCAGCCUCUAAUAGAAAUGAGUACUAGGAAUAUUCCUGGGAGGUAAUGGGUGGCGGGUGCAUAAGGUUCAGAACCUUACUGCCAUCUUUGAGCCGUUAGUCUAGAGGAGCCGUGUCAAACAUGCGGCCCCCAUAGCCACAAAGUGCGG